AUGAUGAAGGGUCAAUGCAUGCCCCGCUUGAAAAGCAACUCCUGCAAGAACAAAACACCAUCUCCAAUGACCUUAUUAGAGCGUUUCAGAGAAGCAGUGUUCCGCUUAAUGAUGCUAUCCGCACUUUCAAAGGCCACCACUAACCACCGUGGCUCCGGCGACGGAGAACGCCAACACCGUCGUUUCAGCCCCCAUGAUCCUCACCACAGUGAAGCCGUAGCAGAUUGCAUCGAGUUCAUUAAGAAAAAGGCUGCCACCGACACCGGUUAA